AUGGAGGGCGGAGGCCGGGGGCUGAGCGCUCCGCUCCGCAGCGCGGCUCUCCUGUCCCUGGGGGUUUUGCUGACCCAAGUGGAAGCUGCAAUUGAUGAAGAACAAUAUUCUGUUAAAGUAAUUAAAAAGAAUUAUAUUUAUGGCAACAUCAAACAUCAAGUGAACAUUUAUGUUAAAGUGUAUACAAAUAGUCCAUUUUUAGUAUGCAUGGAUUUGGCACUUUCUCAGAAAGAAGUAAUAGAUCCAAACUAUUUAUGGAUUGGACCCAAUGGAAAGACUCUAAAAGGACAAAGUUACGUCAAUCUCACUGAAACAGGAAAACUGAUGGUGAGAGGUUUUCAGGAGUCUAUGUCUGGAUCUUAUACUUGCACUCUUUCUUAUAAAACCAUCAACACUGACAUACAAGAAGAGAGAGAGAAAUUUAAGACAUAUAAAUUUAUGGUAUAUGCAUAUCGGGAGCCUGACUACACAUACCAGAUAUCUGUUCGGUUUACUACAAAAGAGUGCACACUAGCAGCUAAUGGUCAAUUCUUUGAAGAGCUGAAGAAAAUCUUGAAUGAUUUAAUCUCUGAUUUGACAUGUCAUGUUAUAGAACCAUCAUACAAAUGUCAUGUCAUCAAGAUACCAAAGCAUGGCCUCCUGGAUGAGCUAUUUGUUACUUUUCAAGUAAAUCCUUUUGCCCCAGGAUGGGAAGCAGUUUGCCAACAGAUUUCUUAUGACUGUGAAGAUGUAACCAACAGAAGAGUUCAGGAGGCAAGAGAUCUCAUUGAAGAAUUUUUCCAUAAACAAACAUAUGUUCUGAAGCACGAGUUUCGGAAUGUACCUGCAAUACAUUAUAUAGACCAUAGUUUUGAAGUUACUCGCAUUGACAGCUGUCGUCCAGGUUUUGGAAAAAAUGAUGACAUCCACAAUGACUGCGCUAGUUGCUGUGUGGUUUGUGACCCUGGAACAUACAGUCCUAACAAUGAAGUGAGUUGUCGGAUUUGUACAAGCAUUCGAAUCAAACACUAUGGAGCAAAAUCUUGCUAA